UGUAUAAUUAACAUAUAGUCUUUGAUCAUUAAUUUUGAUUUAGUUUUGAGUUAGGAGAGAGGUGAAAAGAAUGGCCAUGAAUUCAUUUCUAGGGUUUUCUUUCAUGUUCAUUCUUUUCACUUCUGUCCACGGGUUCUCAAGAAAUUACCCGUUCUCAAAUUUUAAUCAAUCUUUCGUUCCGAUAUUUGGAGACGAUCAUAUUAGUUCUAUAGAUGAUCAAGGCAAAUCUGUUCAACUUUCGCUCGAUCAAACUACGGGUUGUGGUUUUACGUCUCGUAAUUCUUAUUAUCAUGCAUAUUAUAGUGCCUCUAUUAAGCUACCAUCAAAUUAUAGUGCUGGAGUUGUGGUAACAUUUUACACAUCAAAUAGUAAAUACUAUGUGAAUAACCAUGACGAGUUAGAUUUUGAAUUCUUGGGGAAUAUUCGAAGCCAAGAUUGGGUUAUUCAAACCAAUGUUUAUGGCAAUGGAAGCAUGAAUAGGGGACGCGAAGAACGAUUUAGUCUCGGGUUUGAUCCAACUCAAGAUUUUCAUACUUAUAGUAUACUUUGGGUAAGCAAUUCGAUUAUUUUUUAUAUCGAUGAUAUUCCUAUUAGAGAAACUCGAAGAGUUGAUGCAAUGGGCGGGGAUUUUCCUUCUAAACCUAUGUCUUUGUAUGCUACAAUUUGGGAUGGUUCAGCUUGGGCCACAGGUGGUGGCAAGUACAAGAUUGAUUACAAAUAUGCCCCUUACAUCGCCAAGUAUAAGGAUUUCGUUUUACACGGAUGCUCCGCCAACCCGACCCAACUACCGCCAAAAUGUGACGAUAGUAGCUCGGAUAUGAAUGCAACAUUUGAUGGUUUAACAAAUAGAGAGAGGUUGGUAAUGAAGAGUUUUAGGUUGAAACAUUUAACCUAUUCUUAUUGCCGGGAUCCCGCUAGAUACCCGACUCCGUUGCCCGAGUGUGUAUUUGAUCGGCAGGUAGCAAGAAAAAGAAAUUAAUUAUCUAGCUAAUUCAUGAAUAAUUAAACAUGGAUCCAAUCCAGGCAAUUUUCCUUAAUUAAUGAUAAUUACGCAGACCAAUUUUUAUCUAUUCAAAAUUCACAACAAUGUAGUUGAUUUUGUUGAUUUAUUCUAUGAAUUUGUCUUUGUUAUUUUUUGUUAUAAAUAAUAGUAUAUGCUUUUAUAUUUUAAA